AUGAAAGGAUUUUUGAAUUUAUUGAUUAUAAUAAUAUGUACUACACACUUCAGAUUAAUAUUAGAAAAUUUUAAAAAAUAUGGUUUAAUAAUAAAGAUACCAAAAAACUGUGAUAUAUUAAAAAACCUUCCACUUUUAUUCUGUUUUAUAUCUUUACAUGUUACUAUAUUUUUUAGCUGGUUUAUUGAAAGAUAUGUUACAUCAUGGUUAUAUACUUGUAUAGAUGAAGACAAAGAACAUACUUCUAAAUUGAUUCCUAUGGAUGAUUUUAAAAAUAAAACAAAUAUGAUAAAAGAAAAUAAAAAUGAUAAAACUAUAUAUUCAAAUUUAAUAAAUAGAAAAAACAAAAAUAAUAAUAGUAAUUCCAUACUUAAAAAUACAUACUCAAUUUAUAGUUAUGAUAGUAAUACUACAUAUGAAAAUGAACCUUAUGAUAAAUUUGAUAAGGAUAAUAGUACAUAUGACAAAUGUGAUAAAGAUAUUUUAUGUGAUAAAAAUUUUUCACAACAAACAUGUAAUGAUACAUAUAAAAAAAAACAAAAGGGAUUAAAAAGUAAUACUAUUGAAAGAAAAAAAAAAAAUGAAAAUAUGAAUAAUAUUGAAAAUGUGGAUAAUAAUGAAAAUAUGGAUAAUAUUGAAAAUAUAGAUAAUAUUGAAAAUAUAGACAAUAUUGAAAAUAUAGACAAUAUUGAAAAUAUAGAUAAUAAUGAUGAUAUUCACCAUAUUGAUAGUAUUGACACGUGUGUUGAUAAUAAUAAUAAUAUAGUUACACGCUUCAAUGACAAUAAUAUGAUUACAUCGUGUUAUAUAAAAAAGAAAAAAAAAACACAUGGAUGGAAAAAUUUUCAUCUAUCUAUAUUUAUAUUAAAAUGCAUAAAUAGCAUAUUUAUUUUAUUAUUUCCAUUGAUAACAAUAUCACAUUAUGAUACAGAGCCUACGUUAUCAUCUAUAUUAUUAACUAUAUCUAUAGUAUGGUUCUUUAAAUUUUAUUCAUUCCAUGAAGUGUGUUAUGAAGCUAGGAAAUUACAUAUAGAAAAUCCAGAGCUAAAAAAUAUUAUAGAUGAUGAUCCAUAUUCAGAAAUAUAUUAUAUAAAAAGGUAUCCCUAUUGUUUAACACUAAAAAGUUAUUAUACUUACAUUUUAAUGCCAACUAUGUGUUUUCAAUUUUUUUAUCCAAGAACUGAUAAAAUUCGAUGGAUUCAUGUAGCGAAACAUAUCUUGGAAGUUAUAUUAUUAAUUAUUAUGAUAAAAAUAAUAUCAGAUCAAUAUAUGUUUAUAACAGUAGAGAAUACAUUUACUAUGAAAGAAUUUACAUCAGCACAUUUCUCUGUAAAAAUAACACAUAUUAUAGAACGAAUGCUAAAAGUAUCUAUACCAACUUUAUAUAUAUGGUUAAUAGGAUUUCUUAUAGUCUUCCAUCAUUGGUGUAAUAUAUUAGCUGAAAUUACAAGAUUCGGAGAUAGACUAUUUUAUAAAGACUGGUGGAAUGCUAGCUCAUUUGCUGAAUAUUGGAGGAAAUGGAAUUUACCAAUAUAUUAUUUUGUAUGUAGACAUAUUAAUAAACCUUUAAUUUAUUAUGGUAUACAUAGAAAUGUUUCUAUGAUUAUUGUCUUUUUUAUAUCAGCUAUGCUACAUGAAUAUUUAAUUAGUAUACCAUUAAAAUUAGGAUUCACUGGAUAUAUUUUCUUUGCAUUCAUUUGUCAAAUACCUCUAGUCAAAUUCACANNNAAUAAUGCUUAUUUCAAAAAACAUAAAACUAUUGGAAAUUCCAUCUUCUGGAUUGUCUUUUGUUUUACUGGACAACCACUUAUACUUUUUAUUUAUUACUAUUUGUGGAUAGACAAACAAGGCAUACUUAAAAAUUGA